AAUUCAAAUUUUCGUGUCCGUUUUAUAUAUAUAUAUAUAUAAUAUUUUUUCCCAGAAGGAAGUUGCACCAAAACCAAAGUACGAAAAGCAAAACAAAUCUGUAUUUUGGCUACUAACCGAAACCUAAGAUAGAAGAUUCCAUAGGACAAUUUGUGUCCGCUGCUAAAUCUCCUUCUUUUCACCUUUGUUUUUCUCCUCGAAGAACUCAGAUCACUACCACCAGCAACUUCCCCGAGUGUUGUUUUUCACUUUCUCUUCUCAAAACCCACUCUCUCUGCCAGAUCUUGCUUCCUGUUGUUCCAGGGACUGUUUUCUUAUAACAAGUAUCUUUGCUUCUAAUAAGGAGCGUACAUGCCACUGGCUGACUAGUGAAGAAGAACAGCUCUUGUGUAUAGUUUAUGAGCAUUCAAUUAGAAAAGCUUGGAUAUUAUGGGGAUCAGUUCUCGAAGUUCUUCCAACAGAAAACCAAGUGAUAGUAUGAGGCUUAUUGUGACAACUUUUGUUGGAAUAGUUUUUGGCUUCUUUAUAGGAGUAUCAUUUCCAGCAUUGACUACAAAGUUGAAUCUCCCAUCCAGCCUGCUUCCUGCCAUUGAUAUUUCUUACAUUCAAGAGAAAUAUGCUGGUGGCAAUGCACCGUCUUUUGUGAAGAAUAAUAACAGCAUCUCAUCAAAGCAUCGGUUAAUAAACGAUACAUUCAAGAUAUGGGUUCCAUCAAAUCCAAGAGGUGCAGAAAGAUUACCUCCUGAGAUUAUUGAAGCUGAGACAGACUUUUAUUUGCGUAGAUUGUGGGGUCAGCCCAGUGAGGAUUUAACAUCAAAGCCAAAGUACCUUGUGACUUUCACUGUUGGUUAUAAUCAGAGAUAUAAUAUUGAUGCAAAUGUGAAAAAGUUCUCAGAGAACUUUACAAUAGUUCUAUUUCAUUAUGAUGGCCACACAACUGAAUGGGAUGAGUUUGAGUGGUCAAAGCGGGCAAUUCAUGUGAGUGUUCGCAAACAAACCAAAUGGUGGUAUGCCAAGCGGUUUCUGCAUCCUGACAUUGUGGCACCAUAUGACUAUAUUUUUAUAUGGGAUGAAGACCUGGGUGUUGAACAUUUUAAUGCAGAGGAAUACUUAAAACUGGUGAAGAAGCACGGGUUGGAGAUUUCACAGCCUGGUUUGGAACCUAAUAAAGGAUUGACAUGGCAAAUGACAAAGAGAAGAGGUGAUCGUGAAGUUCACAAAGAAACAGAGGAGAAACCAGGAUGGUGCGCUGACCCCCAUCUGCCUCCUUGUGCAGCAUUUGUUGAGAUUAUGGCUCCAGUGUUUUCACGAGAUGCAUGGCGUUGUGUCUGGCAUAUGAUUCAGAAUGAUUUGGUCCAUGGCUGGGGCCUUGAUUUUGCUCUUAGAAAAUGUGUUGAGCCUGCCCACGAGAAAAUUGGAGUUGUUGAUUCUCAGUGGAUUAUUCAUCAAAGUGUUCCCUCACUAGGGAAUCAGGGAGAAUCACAACCUGGGAAAGCGCCAUGGCAUGGGGUGAGGGAGAGGUGUAAAAGGGAGUGGACAAUGUUCCAGAGUCGGUUGGCAAAUGCAGAAGACGCAUAUUACAGGGCCGUGGGAGGGGAUAUGUUUAAUUCGACUACUCCUUAGUGAGGACAACCACUGAAGUUGAUUUGUACACAGCCAUCACCAUUAUUGAGUUCGAUUUUGCAUGAUAUAUAAUUUUUUUUUUUGGUUUCAAAGUUUGUGGCACUAUAAUUGAGAGUCCUAGCUAAGGACCAAACAACAGUUCAAUGGGGGAUUCCAGUGCUGAUAGAGAAUUAGAUAAUAUAUAGGUAAAUAAAACUUACUGUGUAAGUAGUUUAUUUGAUUAUAAUAUUCUUUUAGGACCUUGCAUGAAAACUUACUGAAUGCAGUGUCAGGUAUACACAUUUUGGGUGUGAAAA